UCGUCUGUCAGAGUUAUUUAAAAAUAUUGUGUACUAGGUUAUGUCAAGAUCUGUAAUAUUUUUCUAUUAUGCCCGAAAAAUAAAACUACAAUUGCCACAUCAUGUCGAUGUACAAGAAUGACAGUAUGCUGUCGUGCGUUGAUCUGGGUGAAAGUUCAAGCAUAGAUGAGGAACUGUACGCGGCAGCUAAUUUGAUGGACAAAAACCAAUUUGAAGAUUGGAUGGACAAGGGGGUUGAUUGUUUUUUCACCAAAACCACCUCACUUGAUUCUCCGUUGUCUGGUCUACUCAUGAAGGAUGAUAUCACAUUCCCUUUGUCUGAAGAGGAACCAGUAAAGCAGUCUAAGAAAGACGUCAAUAUUCCAAACAUUUUAAGGUCACAAAACUCGAAGAUUAAUAAGAAUAAGAAUGCCCUAACUGAAACACCAAAAAAGCAAUUGAAAAGUGAUAUAUUGUUGCAGCAGCAAGCUUCUUUUAUUGAAGUAACCAUUAAUGAUGAUGUAUGCACAGUCUAUAUUAAGGACUCUGACGAGAACCACAUCUUUUUGCCUCAUAACCUUGUGGUGAAUCGCUCAAAUGAACACACAGCGGAGGAUUCUCAGGUUUUCAGCAGACUAGAUAUUACAUCAAUAAACCUAGUACCUGUUGCAAAAAUGGGCGUUAAAGAGACAGUUCCUCAGAUAAACACAAAUAUAGGCACGAAAUUUUUUUUGUGCCCAUUGACCGAGUGUCAGGAGGCAUUUCACCACAUUUCAAGUGCAAAAUUGCAUGCACUAAGACAUCUAGGCAUAAAACCGUACAUAUGUGAUAUUCCAGGCUGUUCAUGGAAAUUUUAUACGUCAUUCAAGCUUCAAAGGCACAAGGAAACCCAUUCUACAAGGAAAAUGUUUUUGUGUACAUACGAUAAUUGUAAUAGAGGUUUUACAACUAUUUAUAACUUGAGGUGUCACAAAAAAGUGCAUGAGAAACCGGCCACUUUACAAUGCCCUGUCAAAGACUGUCCAGAAGUAUUUCAAACUGAAAAAGAGAGAAGAUCUCAUUGUAAACAGCACAGUGCUUCUGAAGCACCAUUUAAGUGCCACUGUAACAAAUCAUUUUUCACACAAAUGGCACUUCAGACUCAUACAAGGUGCCACACUCACAAAGAAUCAGAUCUUACCUGUGAAUUUGCUAAUUGUGGUAAAACAUUCCACACCCCCUAUCGGUUGAAAGAGCAUCACAGAGCGCACACAGGCAUCAGACCUUAUGUAUGUGAUUAUCCGGAUUGUACUUGGCGAUUUGCGACAGCUAGCAAACUGAGACGUCACCAGGGCACACACUCAAAAGACAGGAAGUUUCACUGCACCAUCGGCAAUUGCAACAAAUCAUUUGUCAGGUCUGAACACUUAAGGGAUCACACCCUGACUCAUAUUGGUCAGAGGACUUUCGAAUGUGAAUCUUGCAACUUGACUUUUAGUGGAAAGUCAGCCCAUCACACCCACAUGAAGAAGUGUCACCCCAACAAGAAGAAGGAUUCGCCAGUACCCUCAACCUCAAACAGUCCAGCAUCUUUUGAUAUACCUUUUGUACCAUUUUCAAAGAUAGAUAAGUCACCUUCUCCACAACAGUCUGGAGACGUCCUCCUGGAACAGGCUAUUCAGAGUUUGGACACUGUCAACAGCUCUUCUGAUUUAUCUAUCUUGAGUACAUCUUGUCUUUUGCCAGAGGAAUUGUUGGAGAAUGACGUUAGCUUUUCUACAGUUAAUUUAAGAGAUCUUGAGUAAUGUUUGUAACACAGGAAAACUUUUUUUAACUCAUUUUAGUGUGACAUGUAUAUGUAAAAUGCAUUUACACAAUAAUUCCAUAAUGUCUGUUAACAGGUAUACUCACACUAUUAGAUCCAAUAGUGGAAUAUUAAUAAAAUUAAAGGGUUACACACACUUCAUCCCCAGAAAAAUGAUUCUAGUCUGCACUUCUGUAGCGUACUACUUUUUAUUUCCUAUUUUUAAAUGUUACAUGUCAACAUAUAUGUGAUGUUUCGUUAACUGGGACCGAAUUACUAUCGAUACAUGCCAUGUUAGAAUGAUAUAUGUUACAUUGCUAUAUUUUUAAUUGCUUUAAUAUUUAUUAUAUUAGAAAUAGUUAUAGUUGGUACUAUACAUAUUUAUAGAUUUUAUUAAUGUGAUAAUAUAUUCAAUAAAAAUGAGUUUCUUAUUU